UGUCCAACGAAUAAAUAGCAUGCGAAUGGAGGAAAGACAGUCAUUACGACGUCGAGCGUGUGGAAUCGUACUCGAGAGUGAACGUUAAUAUUGUGCUGAGAGCUGGCCACUUCCUUCAGUUUUUCACACGCUUCCUGCUGUUUGCACCCACUUAUCUAUUUACAAUAACAAUGGCUGACAUCCCGACAGUUACAUUCUCGAAUGGACACAAAAUGCCGAUGGUGGGCCUCGGGACCUACAAGUCUCAGAUGGGUGACGUGAAAAGAGCUGUUAAAGAGGCAAUAGAUCUCGGAUAUCGUCAUAUAGACACAGCUUUCUUUUAUGGCAAUGAGAAAGAGAUCGGAGAAGCAGUUCGUGAAAAAAUCCAAGAUGGUAGCGUGACCAGAGAGGACUUAUUUAUUACCACAAAGCUGUGGAAUACUUCUCACAAGGAAGAGCUCGUUGUCCCGGCCUGCAAAAAAUCAUUAGCCAAUCUCGGUUUGGAUUAUAUGGAUCUCUUUUUAAUUCACUGGCCAUUCGCUAUGAAGGAGGGGGAUGAUUUGUUGCCUCACGACGCUGCUGGUAUUUGCGAAUCGGAUGUCGAUUAUUUGGAAACAUGGAGAGGGAUGGAAGAAUGCGUUCGUCAAAAAUUAACUCGCAGCAUCGGAAUCAGCAACUUUAAUUCCGAACAAAUUACCCGUUUACUUAAAUCAGCCAAAAUCGCACCAGUUAAUAAUCAGAUUGAAAUUAAUAUAAACAUAAACCAGGAAAAAUUAAUAGACUUUUGCAAGAAACACCAUAUCACGGUAACUGCUUAUUCUCCCUUGGGACAACCUGGAAAUACAUCGGGCAUCGACUUUAAACUAGGCAGUCCUGUAAUGUUACAACUUGCAAAAAAAUACAAGAAGACACCGGCGCAAAUAGCGCUUCGAUAUAUCUAUCAACUCGGAGCUGCAUCGAUACCUAAGUCCGUAACUGCAAGUCGAAUUAAGGAAAACAUAGAACUUUUUGAUUUCACGUUGACACCCGAUGACAUGAACGCUAUCCGUAAAGUCGGCACUGGAGAAAGGGUAGUGUACUUCGAUGUUGCGAAGAAUUUCAAAUAUUAUCCUUUUAGCAUUCCGUUUUAAGUGAAAUUGGUGUGAUAAAGAGAGGAGCAAGAAGAAAAAGAAAGAAGACAAAGAAAGAUGUUAUUUAAUUUAAAUAUUUAAACAACAUUUCUAAAAUUACAAGGAGAUUAAGAGGCAAAAUACAAAGUAAAUGUCACGGAACAAUAUCUAAUGUAUAUCUACAUAUGUGCACAAUACUUAUUUUAAUAUAUUUUGUUUUUUAAGGUUGUACUUUGCCUGAAAUAUAGUUUAAAAAUAUUUUCAUA